UUUCUUCACCAGUCCUGGAUGGUAAUACUAAGCAACAUUAUAAGAAGCAACCUGGAGAAACUCGGCAAGGGCACGUACAACGUCAACGAGACUUGCUGGUUCGCCUACAAGACUUCCAACCUUUGCCGACUGAUCAGCAGAGUGCGAUACUCCAUGCAGGACUCCCUCCGCUACAUGGUGCUCAGCUCGAUAUUCUAUCUGAACGAUAUGAUCCAGGACAGUUGCUACAGUGUUCUCCAGUGUCAAGAGGACAUGGUCUGGGGAGAAAACCUCACCAGGAGCCCUUUGAAGCCAAAAAAGCAUCCUCUGUUUGUGCUGGACCUGGUUCUGGAUUCUAAAAGUGUCAAGUACACAACACCACCGGAGGACUUUGGAAAGGCUGUUGUGGAUUUGUUCGAUAAAGGGAUCCUUGCAACGUACAAUGUGCCAAGGAUCGAUGGGUUUGUGAUGAAGAACUUGUUCAUCGGCGGUGAUCCAGUCAUCUUGUCCGUGUACAUGUGGGAACCAGAAGUAGCUAGGACGAGGGAGCAGAUACAGAAAGCGCUGAGCAAGGCAGAGAUCCCCCUCAGGGCCUACGCUGAGGAGUUCACAGAGUACCUGGAGCUUCACAACUUGGAUAUCGAAACCUAUGUGAAAGCCAAUGUGACCAAUCUUUCGUCGGUGAAGGAGGUGAAGAAGGAGGUUAGGAAACACCUUCUGGAGAUACGACGAAUGGAACAAUCCCUUCCAUCCUCCAUCACGAUCGGCCCGUUUGUAGUUCGCGUGAAACCUGUCCGAGAGGCUUUGUGCAACAAAAGGAAAGUUUUAGCCAAACGCACUCUGGAUCACUUUGCCGAUAAGCUGCGGAAACAACUGCAUAUGGCGAGCGAAAAGUGUCACAGCAUGUAUCGAAGACUGCGUGUGAGGCCUGAGAGUGCGAAUGAAGAGAAGGAGAAGAAGGCAUGGAUCAAACUGCUACCAGAGCAGCUGGAGACUUAUAAGGAGACAGUCAGAAAGCUCCUUGUUGAGUACGAGAUCUUCUAUGAGUUUUACCAUUACCUCCCAGAAGCAGACGUUAAUAAGAAGUUUGAAGCAAUCAGGUGGCCUAUUAAGAUCCUCAAAGAAAUAGAAGUAGCCCUCGCUCCAGCUGGACCACGGAGAAAGACCAGGACAGCUGUUGCAACCUCAUAAGCCUUUGUUUCACACCCAAAGACCGGAAGACCUGGCGGUCUGCAGGCAGUAGGUUCACUCCAAACCUUGUCAU